GGAUUUCUUUCUUUAUUCUGGCAGGGGAUGAUCAGGAGGAUGAGGAACUGCAUCAGCUACUGCCAGAUGAAGUUAAGGAUGAAGACGUGAAAGAGAACUUCAGGACUCAAGCUGGAUCACAGAAGCAGAAGGGAAGCCACAUGGCCCAGAAGAGUGAUGAACUCAUUCCUUGCCAAGGGGGGAAUUUCCACGAAGUAAUUCACAUGGUGGAGGAAACAUACGUGUGCUUGGAGUGCGGAAUCACCUUCUCAGAUCAAACCCAAUAUAGUAUCCAUUUGCGAAUACACAGUGGAAAGAAGACCCAACAAUGUUUGGAGUGCGGACAGAGCUUCCUUCACAGAGCAGAGCUCCAUAGACAUCAAAGAACACAUACAGGAGAGAAAGCUUAUAGCUAUUCAGAAUGUGGCAGCAACUUCUCACAGAAAUCACACCUUCUUCAACACCAAAGGAUUAAUUCAGGAGAAAAGCCAUUUAUCUGCUCAGAGACUGGAAAGGCAUUCUCUGAGAGAAGAAGAGGUAAUUCAUAUUUUUCAAAGCACAGUAUAAUGAAGGCAAGUAAAUGCUUUCGGUGUGAAAAGUACUUCAAAUACAGAUCACAGCUCCUUGUGCACCAAAGAAUACACACAGUGGAGAAACCUUUUGAAUGCUUAGAGUGUGGAAAGAGAUGCAGACGGAGUGACACUCUUCAACAGCAUCAAAGAAUCCACAGAGGGGAGAAACCUUUUGAGUGCUCAGAGUGUGGAAAGAGAUUCAGUUUGAGCGGCAAUCUUCAGCUGCAUCAAAGAAUCCACACAGAAGAAAAACCUUUUGGGUGCUCAGAGUGCGGAAAAAAGUUCAAUCGGAGUGGUAAUCUUCAGCAGCAUCUAAGAACUCACAUAGGUGAAAAACCUUUUGAGUGCUCAGAGUGCGGAAAGAAAUUCAGUCAGAUUGGCCAUCUUCAACAGCAUAAAAGAACCCACACAGGAGAAAAACCUUUUGAGUGUUCAGAAUGCGGAAAGAAAUUCAGUCGGAGUGGCAAUCUUCAACAGCAUCAAGGAACACACAUACGGGAUAAACGUCUUGAAUGCUCUGUGUGUGGAAAGAAAUUCAAUUCAAGUAGCAAUCUUCAGUGGCAUCAAAGAACCCACACAGGGAAGAAACCACUGGAAUGCUCAGAGUGUGGAAUCAUAAUCAGUCGGAGUGGCCAUCUUCUUGAACAUCUUAGAACUCACACAGGGGAGAAGCCUUUUGAAUGUUCAGAGUGUGGAAAAAGAUUCAGUCAGAAUGGCAAUCUUCAACAGCAUAAAAGAACCCACACAGGGGAGAAACCAUUUGAAUGCUCAGAAUGUGGAAAAAGAUUCAGUGACAGUUCUUCACUUCAACGGCAUCUAAGAACCCACACGAAAGAGAAACCUUUUGAAUGCUCAGAGUGUGGAAAGAAAUUCAGUCGGAGUUGCACUCUUCAACAGCAUCAAAGAACCCACACUGGGGAGAAACCUUUUGAAUGCUUGGAGUGUGGGAAGAAAUUCAGUCAGAGCUUCACUCUCCAGCAGCAUCAAAGAACCCACACAGGGGAAAAACCUUUUGAAUGCUCAGACUGUGGGAAAAGAUUCAGGCAGAAAGGCACUCUUCAACACCAUCAACAAAACCAUGCAACAGAUAAACCUUUUGAAUGCUCAGAAUGUGGGAAGAGAUUUAGUCGAAGUCACACUCUUCAGCAGCAUCAAAGAACCCACACAGGGGAGAAACCUUUUGAAUGCUUGGAGUGUGGAAAGAGAUUCAGUCAGCAUGGCAAUCUUCAAAACCAUCUAAAAAUCCACACAAGGAUAAAUCAUCUAAUUGCUUAGCCUGUGAAAAGAGCUUUU